UGGCUUCCUGAAGCCUCCUCAGCCUCAAAGACCGACCAACAGACAGACAGACAGCUGGUGAGAGGCAGCCUGGGGGACACAGCUGCUUCAGUGAACCUCAUGGCUGAGUGAGCCUCCCCUGGGCCCAGCCCCCCACCCCAGCAUGGUCCAGGACCACGGGGGGUGCUCCAGAGCACAGCGGCCAACCUGCUCCUUGGGGGCAGCCAUGACCCAGCCUCCACCCACCAAAGCACCAGCCAAGAAGCAUGUGCGGCUGCAGGAGAGGCGGGGCUCCAAUGUGGCUUUGAUGCUGGAUGUGCGGUCCCUGGGGGCUGUGGAGCCCAUCUGCUCAGUGAACACACCCCGGGAGGUCACCCUACACUUUCUGCGCACAGCUGGACACCCCCUUACCUGCUGGGCCCUGCAGCACCAGCCGCCCAGCCCCAAGCAGCUGGAAGAGGAAUUCUUGAAGAUCCCCUCAAACUUUGUCAGUCCUGAAGACCUGGAUAUUCCUGGCCACGCCUCCAAAGACCGAUAUAAGACCAUCUUGCCAAAUCCCCAGAGCCGCGUCUGUCUAGGCCGGGCACAGAGCCAAGAAGACGGAGACUACAUCAACGCCAACUAUAUCCGAGGCUAUGACGGUCAGGAGAAGGUCUACAUUGCGACCCAGGGCCCCAUGCCCAACACUGUAUCGGACUUCUGGGAGAUGGUGUGGCAGGAAGAAGUGUCACUCAUUGUCAUGCUCACUCAGCUCCGAGAGGGCAAGGAGAAAUGUGUCCACUACUGGCCCACAGAAGAGGAAACCUAUGGACCCUUCCGAAUCCGCAUCCAAGACACAAAAGAGUGUCCAGAAUACACUGUGCGGUGGCUCACCAUCCAGCACCAGGAGGAGUGCCGGGUAGUGAAGCAUGUCCUCUUCUCGGCCUGGCCUGACCACCAGACCCCAGAAUCGGCUGGACCCCUGCUGCGCCUGGUGGCCGAGGUGGAGGAAAGCCCCGAGACAGCUGCCAACACUGGGCCCAUCGUGGUCCACUGCAGUGCAGGGAUUGGCCGGACUGGCUGCUUCAUCGCCACCCGAAUUGGCUGUCAACAGCUGAAGGCCCGAGGGGAAGUGGACAUUCUUGGUAUCGUGUGCCAACUUCGGCUGGACAGGGGUGGAAUGAUCCAGACCACGGAGCAAUACCAGUUUCUGCACCACACCCUGGCCCUGUAUGCAGCCCAGCUGCCAGAGGAGCCCUGCCCCUGACCCCUGGCACCCUCCACCAGCCCAGACGCCAAAUUCCCCCACGCCUGGGCAGGUGGUUCUGGGGAAAGUGGGUCUUGUGAUCUGAGGGGUCCCCUGGGUGGGCAUGGGGAAGGGUUGCCCCUUCAGCGGGCACCUGCAGUCACAGGAAGUUGCAUCAGCAAGAACGGGGACCAGACUCCAGGUCUUUACAGCUGGCCACUCUUCCACUUCCUCUAAUAGCCCCAAAUGGACACUUGAGGGGACCUUCCGUGUCUCUCUGAACUUCAAGCUGGGAACUGGCAUUUAUGAGAGAGUUGAGAAAGGACCAGUGUUCCGUUUUUUCUUAAAGGGCUCUGUGAGCUUCAUCUCUCCGUCUAUGACAUGGACAUUAAGUGCUUUGCUGCCACAGGAAAAAGUAAUCAGAGAAGCUCCUAGAAGCCACUCUAGCUGGAUCCCCUUCCUGGGGCUGCCAAGAGAGUGAUCCCAAGAUCAUCUUCCGCCUGGGCCCUACCCAAGAACCAGCCAGAUGCAGGAGCCAGGAAAUGUCUGGUCAUGACUGUGGCCAAGUUCUCAACAUCCCAGCAGUGACUUUCUGCUUCCUUACCCCACAUCUGUGAUGGCUGGACACCCGCCAAAGAGAAUAAGGACACGUAUGUCCUGGGACCGGGCUACAGAGGUGACCAGGCCAGGCAUUGAAACCUUUGGAGGAAGAAAAGUGUGGUGACCCCUCAGAGGCCCAGAGGGCUGCCCCUGCCUCUAUCAUUGCCAGCUACUCCCUAGGGAGGCCCAGCAUUUUCUGUCUUCCCUUCAUGACCUCAGAAGAUACCCUGAGUACCAGGAGGUGCAAAAGAAUGAAGGGCAAGGAGGAAACAAGGAGCUUGGCCUGAUCUUAGAAAACCAGCCCCCUGUCCUCCACCAUCCACCCCCUGCAUUUGCAGAGGACAGCUGGAGAGCCUGGCUGUUUCCGUGAACCAUCUGGGAAAAGCACCGCACACAGACCUGGGGCAUCAGGCUGGGACCGCAGAGUUGGGACCUUCAUAAACUCUUCCAGAGAGCUAACCUCUUUCAUCACCUCAGGACCCAUACAAUUUCCAGGGCACCCAAGAUCUAUCUCAGGGCUCACCUACACUCCCCAGGAAGGUAUCCAGAGACUUUGUCCUUGAAUCCAACAUGGGCUGCCUGUGGGGAUGAAGAAAGACACCAUCUCUCUGGGCACCGAGCCCCUGGGGUCUGCCUUGGCUGAUGCGAGCUUUCUGUGGAACCCCCCCCACCCCAACAAGCCGGACCCUGAAGAGCAGCUGGGCCUCCUUAUUCACGAUAUCUCUUCUGAAGCACAUGGCAACGUUGAAAUUGAGGUUAAUUUUCUUAACACUUCUGCUUGGUCUCACAACGGAAUUCCUCCUUCCUUACCGCCCCGGGAACGGGCUCACCUGCACCCACACCUCUCCUAAGUCCUUUGGGAGGCACUCACAGCCUGUGCCCGUAAAGGAGGGGACAGAGCUCUCAAGUGCCUGAUCCCGCCCUGGGCGUAGACUCAACCAGGAGGGAAGCAAGUGGGUGGCCAUCGACCCACAGCCUCCCUGCCCUGGCACUGUGGCCCCAACCCCAUUCUAGAACUUAGAGUGUACAGUUUUGGAAGAGGAACCAAGUGGGAGAAUAAAGACUUCUUGGAUGACUGAU